AUGCUGCCAUCAGCAGACGACGAGAAGCGGCUACUGGGCUCGGUGAGAGUUCUUCUUGGGAGGCCAAUGGCUUGGCGCGACGGCUCCUUGAGAACGCAGAUGACCGACUGUGCCACAACUGCCAUCUUGCUUUCAACAGCGGCAGCCAACUUCUUGAUCACUGUCUGCUCUACUUUGAAAUUCUACUUGGACCCACCGGAAGAAACUGAGAAGGCAUCUCAAGUCUCUUUCCUGCUGACAGUCUCUAUACCCAACACAGUGAAGGGGAUCUCGUUGACCCGACAGCGGACACGGCUGCAGCAGGUCGUGGUCUGGCUACUCGUCAUGAGGAGAGCCGUCCAGGAUGGUGCUGGAAGACGCCGCCUCUACGCUCGCAGCGUCAACCUCGUCGGCAAAAUGUGGAUGGUUAUGGCUCUCAUGGGGGGAAUGAUAUGGGCUGUGGACCCCCUGCUCAGUCAACCGCUUCCGCUAAACGGGACGUCUCCGGAUCCUGCACUUCCGCUGCCAGUUUGGCUGCCUUUCGACGGGAGCGCACCAGACACCUACAGCGUAACGUUCGCGCUUGAGGCCAUCGUCUUCGGCUGGGUCGCGUUCGUUGCGAUUUGCGUCGACGUGCUGUACAUCACGCUCAUUAUCAACUUCGCUGCGGAGCUUCACGUCCUCAAUGACAACGUUGAAAUAACGGGGAACGGAGCUGAUGUCGCCGGACAUUCUAACAGAAAGAUUGGUGAGGUUCGCCACGUUGGCGCGUCUCGCGCCGGAGCGACACACGAUGGUCCAGCGGUCAUCCCAAAUUUCCCUUCAGCACAAUCCGCUGGAGCAAAACCUUUGAUACCUGCUUACAUUCCAGGGCACUGCGAUGUGGAGAGAAGUGACGGCAACGAUACGUAUAGACUACUUGUCAAGAACAUUCAGCACCACCAACUCAUCAUCAAAUGUAUCGACGAGUUCCAGAAGGCUACUGGGACACCACUCCUGUUUAUAGUUGCCAUUAAUGUUUUGAAUCUGUGCUCGAGCAUCAUCUCUCUAGCAGCGUUGUUGGAGAAAGACCCACGUUCGUCUACUGUAGUCAAAUCGUUGAUCGGCUGCCUGGGAUUUGUGAUCGAGACUGCGAUAUACUGCCUUCCAGGGCAGAUAAUAAUAGAUCAGAGUGAGCGACUCGUGCACUCGGCAUUCAGCUCCCACUGGUCAGACACCGACGGCCGUUUCAAGAGCUCGCUACUCAUCUUCAUGGUACGUGCAGGGCAGCCUCUCCGCCUCAGAGUGGGGAAGCUCAUCACCAUCUCCAGGGAGACUUUCCAGGAGGUGAUGAAGUUAUCGUAUCAGCUCUUCAACUUGGUGUACCAAUUGCAGAGCAGCUAG